AUGACGGACUGGCUGGAGCAAUACUCCGCCGCUUUGGACGUGCGGGAUGCGCGGGAGAAGGCGCAUAAACCGUAUAUCGAUGCCUAUACGAAACUAGCCGACCGAACUGCAUCCCUCGCAACACCAGCACCAGCAGGACCAACCAGCGCCUCCCCAAAGCCCGCCUCACCCAAGCCAACCACCUCAACACCCUCCACAACAACAACAGACCUCACAACCCUCCGUGCCGACCUCGCCAGCACCCAACGCGCCCGCACCCACCUCCAAACCCAACUCACCACCCUCCAAACCACGCACACCGCCCUCCAAAAAACCCACACCAGCACCCUCAGCACCCUCUCCACCCUCCAAAAAAACAUCACCCUCCUCGAGCGACGCCUCAAAGACAAGGAAUCGGAGAUUAAAGGCAAAGCGAGUCUGGUGGAGAAUGCGCAGGACGAGAUGGUCGCGCUGCAGUUGCAGUUGAAUAUGGCGGAGCAGAAGCGCGAGGAGGUGGGGCGGGAGAAUGAGAUGUUGGUGGAGAGGUGGAUGCGGAAGGUGGGGGAGGAGGCGGAGAGGGUGAAUCGGGAUUCGAGGUGGGAGUAG